GUCCGCCUCUCGAUCGAUCGGCCACCUCCGCCCGGGGCGGGGGCCGGGGGUGGGGGGGCCUCCAUCAGCUGGACGGAGCGGACGUCACGCACGCAAGCGGACAAGCAUCCUCGUGCUUAUAAGCAGACCUUCCCCUCCCGUCCCCAAAAAUUCCAUUCCCUCCGUUUCUCCUGGCUAAACUACCUCUCGCUCCCUCCGGCUCCGAUCCAGGGUGCGAGCUGAGCUUGGGCUAGUUUAGUCUCCCCAAGCUCGUGGCGCAGCAGCAGACUCGUUGGUGGAGGUGGAUUAGUAGCCAAGGCUUUGCAGCUAGGUAGGGUUUUGUAGCUAGUUCCUCGCAGGCUCAGCUCUCUCAUACUAGCUAGCGUCGGUCAGUCGGGCGAGCAGGCCAAUGGUCAUGGCGAACCCGGACAUGCUGCCGCCGGGGUUCCGUUUCCACCCGACGGACGAGGAGCUGAUCCUCCACUACCUCCGCAACCGCGCCGCCAACGCGCCGUGCCCGGUCGCCAUCAUCGCCGACGUCGACAUCUACAAGUUCGAUCCAUGGGACCUGCCAUCCAGGGCUGCGUACGGGGACAAGGAGUGGUACUUCUUCAGCCCCCGCGACCGCAAGUACCCGAACGGGAUCCGGCCGAACCGCGCGGCGGGGUCCGGCUACUGGAAGGCCACCGGGACCGACAAGCCCAUCCACAGCAGCACCACCGCCGGCGAGAGCGUCGGCGUCAAGAAGGCGCUCGUCUUCUACGAGGGCCGGCCGCCCAAGGGCACCAAGACCAACUGGAUCAUGCACGAGUACCGCCUCGCCGCCGACGCGCAGGCAGCGCACGCCUACCGCCCCAUGAAGUUCCGCAACGCCUCCAUGAGGCUGGACGACUGGGUGCUGUGCCGGAUCUACAAGAAGGCCAGCUGCCAGGUGCCGGCGAUGGCGGCGGUGCCGCAGCUCUCCGACCACGACCAGGACGAGCACUGCGGCUUCGACGAUAACCCGUACGCCGCCAUGCUCCUGCAGGGCGCGUCGUACUCGUACCCGGCGCCGCCGCAUGCCGCGGCCGGCGCGCAGAGGAUGCCCAGGAUCCCGUCCCUCACGGAGCUGUUCAACGACCCCUCGCUGGCGCACUUCUUCGAGGAGGGCGGCGGCAUGCAGGACAUGGCGCGGCUCAGCAACCCGCAGCAGCAGCAGCAGCACGCUCCUCUCCUCGGCCGCGCCGUCACGAGCCAACAGCUGCUGCUCAACAACGGCCACAGCAUGCCCGGCGGGGGGCAGGCGCAGAUGGAUCCUCAUCCGCCUGCUGCUGCCGCCUCGACGUCGUCGGCCGCCGCUGGCAACAACAAGCGCAAGAGAUCGAGCACUACUACUGAUGCCGGUGCGCUGUCGUCGAGCCAGGCGUCUGAGGCCAAGAAACCGAACGGGUCCUGUUUCGGCGCAACGUUCCAAAUAGGCAACGGACUGCAGGGGUCCUCCCUGGGCCACCACCACAUGCCGCUUCACUCUAACAUGGGCACGAUGAACUGACAGAUUAUUGCUGUUGUUCUCCGCUGAAAGCUAUACUUGAGAGCAUUCAAUUGUGAUUUGAAACAUCGGGAUCUAUUGCACCAAACACACACACACACAUAUAUAUAGGACUGAAGUAUGCUCCAUAUAAAGCAAGGGUUAAUAUAUAUAAUACUAGUACAGUAGAUAAACUAUUCAAGGGGAUUGACGGAUUUGUACUUGUUGUGGAGUCCAGUAGGAGUGUGUCAACUAGCUAGUUGCUAGGGACGCCAUAGUUAUUGAUUGGGGUUUGCGGUGUGUAAACAUUUUGUUCUUCUGUACAUAGUGCAAUACUAUGUACUCAAAGCUUAUUACUACUACUGCUACAAAGCUAGCUAGACAAGGCUUCGAGAUCAACGAACUGGAAAUCAAGAACAGGAGGAACCAACCGGCUGGUUUUACUUUUCUCAUA